CCAAACUUUUCCGAGUUCAUUCCAAUUUUCUUCCUGGAAAAGGCACACCCUUUUGUCUCUUUUCCUAAUUUCUACCUUGGUCUUCUCCGUCAACACAACUCCACUCUUGCUCACCACGUUACCAUCUUCCCAAGGAAUCCCCUCUUUGACUUCUCUUCUCUACACACACUACUCUUUAUUUAUAACCUCAAAAACUUCAUCUUCCACAUUCCACAAUAUCUAUUAUCCCACAACACCACUCCUUCCUAGUUCCUAGUACACUAUGUUGUCACUUUCCAACGUACACCUUUCCACUGCCGUUCUGCUCAAACCCAUUUUCCUUCAUGGCUUGUCCGGUUUCCUCCACCUUCUGUUGCUCGUGGCGGUUGUGCUGUCAUGGGUUUGGAGGAAAUUCACAGCAGGUCCCGGGGAUGAGUCUAAGAAGAAACCCAACAACUCCCUCUUCAAAACGACCGUUUUUUCUUCUCUUGCUCUUUCCGCUUUCAAUUUCCUCCUCUGUUUCAUUAACUACUUCUACUGGUAUACAAGUGGCUGGUCAGAAGAAAAGCUCGUGACCCUUCUGGAUUUGGCGCUAAAAACGCUUGCUUGGGGGGUUGUUUGCGUCUGCUUGCAAAAGGGGUUCUUCAGUUCCGGCCAAAGAAGGUUCUCGUUCUUCUUCAGAGCCUGGUUCACUUUCUACCUCUUUGUUUCUUGCUAUUGCAUCGUGGUGGACAUUGUUGUUAUGUCUGGGAGACGCGUUUCUCUGCCAACACAGUACUUGGUUUCUGAUGUGGUGUCCACUUGUGUUGGUUUGUUCUUCUGUUACGUGGGGUACUUUGUGAAAAACGAGGUUCAUGUUGAUAACGGCAUUCAUGAACCUCUUUUGAAUGCUGAUUCCUUGGAGUCAAAAGAGACCAAGGGUGGGGACUCAGUUACCCCUUUCUCAUAUGCUGGAAUUUUGAGCAUUCUUACCUUCUCUUGGGUGGGUCCUCUUAUAGCCGUUGGUAAUAAGAAGACCCUGGACCUUGAGGAUGUUCCUCAACUAGACAGCAGAGAUAGUGUAAUUGGUGCUUUUCCAACUUUCAGAGAGAAAGUUGAGGCUGAUUGUGGUGGAAUUAAUAGUGUCACCACACUGAAGUUGGUGAAAUCGUUAAUAAUUUCAGCAUGGAAGGAGAUUCUUAUCACAGCUUUUCUUGUAUUGUUAAACACUUUGGCUUCUUAUGUUGGUCCAUAUCUCAUUGAUGGUUUUGUUCAGUACCUCGAUGGACAACGGCUGUAUGAAAACCAGGGGUAUUUUUUGGUUUCUGCAUUUUUCUUUGCAAAGCUUGUGGAGUGCCUGACCCAAAGGCAUUGGUUCUUCAGGUUGCAGCAAGUUGGACUCAGAAUCCGAGCGCUGCUGGUAACGAUGAUUUAUAACAAGGCUCUGACCCUUUCUUGUCAAUCAAAGCAGGGUCACACUUCUGGGGAAAUAAUCAAUUUCAUGACUGUUGAUGCUGAAAGAGUUGGUGUCUUCAGUUGGUAUAUGCAUGAUUUGUGGAUGGUGGCUCUGCAAGUUACACUAGCCUUGUUGAUUUUGUAUAAAAACCUUGGGCUGGCUUCAAUUGCUGCUUUUGUUGCAACUGUUGCUAUUAUGUUGGCAAAUGUUCCAUUGGGAUCAUUGCAAGAGAAGUUUCAAAAGAAGUUGAUGGAGUCAAAAGAUACAAGAAUGAAAGCCACAUCUGAGAUUCUAAGGAACAUGAGGAUCCUCAAACUACAAGGAUGGGAAAUGAAGUUUCUAUCAAAAAUAACCGAGCUCAGGAAAAAUGAGCAAGGUUGGCUAAAAAAAUAUGUUUAUACUGCAGCUGUGACCACAUUUGUGUUUUGGGGUUCCCCCACAUUUGUAUCUGUGGUUACUUUUGGUACCUGUAUGCUUAUGGGGAUCCCCCUUGAAUCAGGGAAGAUCUUGUCUGCACUUGCAACAUUUCGGAUUCUUCAAGAGCCCAUUUACGGUCUUCCAGAUACAAUUUCGAUGAUAGCACAAACUAAAGUUUCUCUUGAUAGGAUUGUGUCAUUCCUUCGUCUUGAUGACUUACGAUCUGAUGUUGUAGAGAAGCUUCCUUGGGGCAGUUCCGAUACAGCAAUUGAAGUAGUUGAUGGAAACUUCUCUUGGGAUUUAUCUUCCCCUAGUCCAACUUUGCAAAAUAUAAAUCUUAAAGUUUUUCAUGGGAUGAGGGUUGCUGUUUGUGGUACUGUUGGAUCAGGCAAGUCUACUUUACUUUCUUGUGUAUUGGGAGAAGUACCAAAGAUAUCAGGCAUCCUUAAGGUUUGCGGAACAAAAGCCUAUGUUGCUCAAUCUCCAUGGAUACAAAGCGGCAAGAUAGAGGAUAAUAUAUUGUUUGGUGAACGCAUGGAUAGGGAUAGGUAUGAGAAGGUACUUGAAGCGUGCUCCCUGAAGAAGGAUCUGGAGAUUUUAUCAUUUGGUGAUCAGACAAUUAUAGGAGAACGUGGAAUAAAUUUGAGUGGUGGACAGAAGCAAAGAAUACAAAUUGCACGUGCACUUUACCAAGAUGCUGAUAUAUAUCUAUUUGAUGACCCUUUCAGUGCUGUGGAUGCUCACACAGGAUCUCACCUCUUUAAGGAAUGCUUGCUAGGCCUUUUAUGUUCAAAGACAGUGGUUUAUGUCACUCAUCAAGUGGAGUUCUUACCUGCUGCUGACCUUAUAUUGGUCAUGAAAGAUGGGAAAAUUACUCAAUGUGGAAAAUAUACCGAUCUUCUUAAUAGUGGUGCUGAUUUUAUGGAACUUGUUGGUGCACACAAAAAAGCUUUGUCUACACUAGAUUCAUUGGAUGGAGCGGCAGUAUCUAAUGAAAUAAGUGUGUUGGAACAAGAUGUAAACGUCUCCGACACGCAUGGUUUUAAAGAAAAAGAGGCUAGCAAAGAUGAGCAAAAUGGUCAAACAGACAAUAAAAGUGAACUACAAGGCCAGCUUGUUCAGGAAGAAGAAAGAGAGAAAGGUAAAGUUGGGUUUUCAGUCUAUUGGAAAUGUAUCACAACAGCAUAUGGAGGAGCUCUUGUACCAUUCAUAUUGUUGGCUCAGAUUCUUUUUCAAGCUCUUCAAAUUGGAAGUAAUUAUUGGAUGGCUUGGGCGACUCCCAUCUCAGAGGAUGUGCAGCCACCUGUUGAAGGAACGACUCUUAUAGCAGUCUAUGUUGGUUUGGCCAUUGGAAGUUCUUUCUGCAUCCUUGCCAGAGCGAUACUUCUUGUCACAGCUGGUUAUAAAACAGCUACUAUACUCUUCAAUAAAAUGCACUUCUGCAUUUUCCGUGCUCCAAUGUCAUUUUUCGAUUCCACUCCAAGUGGACGAAUCCUUAACAGAGCUUCAACUGAUCAAAGUGCAUUGGAUACAGACAUUCCUUAUCAAAUUGCAUCGUUUGCCUUCAUUUUGAUCCAGCUUCUGGGAAUUAUAGGAGUGAUGUCUCAAGCUGCAUGGCAGGUUUUCAUUGUCUUUAUACCUGUGAUAGCAAUCAGCAUCUUGUAUCAGCAAUAUUAUAUUCCAUCAGCCCGAGAACUAUCACGCUUAGUUGGAGUCUGCAAAGCCCCAAUCAUUCAACACUUUGCUGAAACAAUUUCUGGUACUUCAACUAUUAGAAGCUUUGAUCAGCAGUCAAGAUUUCAGGAAACAAAUAUGAAACUGACUGAUGGAUAUUCUCGGCCAAAGUUCAAUAUUGCUGGUGCCAUGGAAUGGUUGUGUUUCCGCUUGGAUAUGUUGUCUUCUAUCACAUUUGCCUUUUCCUUAAUAUUCUUAAUAUCUAUUCCACAGGGAUUCAUAGAUCCAGGCCUUGCUGGUUUAGCUGUUACAUAUGGACUUAAUUUGAACAUGGUACAAGCUUGGAUGAUAUGGAAUCUCUGCAAUAUGGAGAACAAAAUUAUAUCAGUAGAAAGAAUACUUCAGUAUACUUGUAUUCCUUGUGAGCCUUCCCUUGUUGUAGACGAUAAUCGGCCAGAUCCUUCUUGGCCUUCAUAUGGCGAGGUUGAUAUACAAGAUUUGAAGAAAAAUCAUGCCAACAUAUUUCAUAGCAUAAUUUUUACAAGAUGUUUGUGCGACGUUUGUAAUGAUGUCUUGCCCAUGAUGAAGGUUCGUUAUGCUCCACAUCUCCCACUUGUCUUGCGCGGUCUUACAUGCAAAUUUCGUGGAGGACUGAAAACUGGCAUUGUUGGGAGAACAGGAAGUGGUAAAUCCACUCUCAUACAAACACUUUUCCGAAUUGUUGAGCCUACUGCUGGCCAAGUUAUGAUUGACAACAUCAAUAUCUCUUCAAUUGGACUUCAUGAUUUGAGGUCUAGACUAAGCAUUAUUCCUCAGGAUCCAACAAUGUUUGAAGGGACAGUGAGAAAUAAUCUGGACCCCCUGGAAGAAUACACUGAUGAACAAAUUUGGGAGGCCUUGGAUAAGUGUCAACUUGGAGAUGAAGUUAGAAAGAAAGAAGGAAAGCUCGAUUCCAAAGUUACUGAGAAUGGUGAGAAUUGGAGUAUGGGUCAGAGGCAGUUGGUCUGCCUUGGCAGGGUGCUGCUUAAGAAAAGCAAGGUUUUGGUGCUUGAUGAAGCCACUGCAUCAGUUGAUACAGCUACGGAUAAUUUGAUUCAGCAAACUCUUAGGCAACAUUUCUCUGACUCUACAGUCAUUACCAUUGCACAUCGAAUAACUUCUGUUCUAGACAGUGAUAUGGUUCUGCUUCUCAGUCAAGGACUUAUUGAGGAGUAUGACACCCCAACAAGGCUGCUGGAGAAUAAGUCAUCAUCUUUUGCUCAACUUGUUGCUGAGUAUACCAUGAGGUCCAACUCCAGUUUUGAGAAAUCUGAUGAUCAUUGAUUGAAACAUACAGAAACAGAAGUUUGUUGACAAUGACGAAAAUCUGGUGGAUUACAUGGAUUUUCUUGUUUUAUUUAUAGAAAAAUGGAUUUUAUAAAAUAGGGCUUUUAGCUGUGAAAUACUCUAUUCUCUUUACAAGGGUGAAGGAUGAAAUUAUUGUGGUAAGAUUUAUACAAAAGUCAAAUAGAAAAUCGAGUUGGUUUUGAUGCAUUCUUAGUAUGUGUAGACCAAAGGCAGUAUAAUGUCCUCUAAUUAGUCAACUCGAUUUAAUAAGUUUCGAAAGAAGUCAUAUAAAUUGUCUCACAUUGUGAGAACUCAUAAGAUGUGUUCUAUGGUAUUUCCUUCUUUAUGUCUAU